AUGUCAGAAAUAGAACCAAAGAAGAUAAUAUACUGUGGAGUAUGCUCAUACCCACCUGAAUUUUGUGAAUUUGGCAUCUCAUUAGCUAAAUGCCAACAAUGGCUCCAAUCCAAUCACGCUGACCUCUACUCUAAACUCUACCCCACUGCCAAUACCACCACCACCUCAUCAGAGUCAACAGCAGCAGCAGCAGGAGGAGGAGGAGAUCCUGUGUCCACCAUUGCCGCAGCAACCUCAUCGCUCUCCAUUGAUCAGAACAACAAGAUCCAACAAGACUUAGCCAAGAAGCAACACAGGGAAGAAUUAAAACAACAAAAGGAAUUAGCCAAGAAAUUGAGCUCGAAAAUCAUCAUUAAGCGAAUUGAAAGAAACAAGAGGAAACACAUUAUUAGUAUAUCCGGUUUAGAGGUGUUUAACAUUGAUUCCAAAAAAUUGGCCAAGACAUUUGCAUCGAAAUUCGCCACUGGUGCUAGUGUCACCAAGAAUGCCGAGAAAUUGGAUGAGAUUUUAGUUCAGGGUGAUGUGAGUGAUGAAGCAAAAGCGUAUAUUGAGGGGUUGUUGAAGGAACAAGGGUUGGAGGAUGUCAAGGUUGAACAGGUUGAUGAUAAGAAGAAAAUUAAGAAAGCUGCGGCUGCUGCGGCUGCGGCUGGCGGUGCUGGUGGAGAUAAAGGAGGCAAAUAA